AUGUCACGCCCGUCUGAUUGGCGCAGCAGCGGCGUCCACAACCUGCAGCAGCGGCAGCACCAGCGCCUCCCGCCCCUCCCGCAGCAGCAGGCCGGCCCCGCGCUCGCCGCCGCGGCCGUGGCAUUCGGUCCGGCAGGCGGCGCCCCGCCUGCGCCCUUCGGCGCGCGCGCUGCGACGACCAAGCCGCUGGUGCCCGCCAAGGUGUCGGGCUUCACCAUCAACUUUGGCCCGCAGCACCCCGCGGCGCACGGCGUGCUGCGGCUGGUGCUGGAGAUGAAGGGCGAGCUGGUGGAGCGCGCGGACGCCCACAUCGGGCUGCUGCACCGCGGGACCGAGAAGCUGAUUGAGUACAAGACGUACCUGCAGGCCCUGCCCUACUUUGACCGCCUUGACUAUGUGUCCAUGAUGUGCAUGGAGCACUCGUACGUGCUGGCGGUCGAGCAGCUGCUCAACGUGUCGGUGCCGGCGCGCGCGCAGUACAUCCGCGUGCUGUUCUCAGAGAUCACGCGCAUCAUGAACCACCUGCUGGCGGUCACCUGCCACGCCAUGGACGUGGGCGCUCUCACGCCGUUCCUGUGGGCGUUUGAGGAGCGCGAGAAGCUCAUGGAGUUUUACGAGCGCGUCUCGGGGGCGCGCAUGCACGCGGCCUACUUCAGGGUGGGUGGUGUGUCUCAGGACCUGCCGGUCGGCCUGCUGCGGGACAUCUACGAGUUUGCGCGCCAGGGGGGAUGA